UAAAUUUUCAUCGAGUGCACCAGGAUUGCGGUUUUGUUCUGGGCAAAAAUUAUAAUUAAGGGCGAUGGCGGCCUCGACGCUGCUUUUGCUCUUCUUGUGCUUCCUCAGUUUGAACAUCGGAGGCGCGCAAAACCAAAAGCUGCCACGAUUUCGAACGCAGAAUGGAAAUUUGAACAUUUUGAGUGCGAUCGACAAAAACAUCACCUUAAAAACGUCCGGCUCGCAGAGUUACGUCAACAUAAACGGCGAAAAUUUUAUUGGGCUCGUCUCAGAGGCAAAAUCGGCGGUAACCGCGCUAAAAAAACUGAAAGAAAGUAAAAUUGACGCAAUGCAGAAAUCGAUGAUUUUUUUGUCCGAGGAAAUUUACAGGGACGGGGGAGUUUCCCAGAGAACCGACCUUCUCGAAGGACUCGUCGGCAAUCUCACCAAAAAUUUAACAAUUACAGAGCAGAGCGUGGCUGGAGAAUUCCGCACUCUCUCAACAAGGCUCAAUGUACUCCAAAAACGUUUGGAUAUUACGGGAGGAUAUAUGGGGGAAAACAAAUGCAAUAGAUAUACAUGCAAGAACGGCGGGACCUGCGUGAGCUCUCUCAGAACCUUCUACUGCCGCUGCACUCCUGGUUGGGAGGGUAGGCGUUGCAUGGAGAACAUAAACGAGUGUGACAGGUUCGCAGGAACAGACUUGGGCUGUCAAAACGGAGCCACUUGUAGGGACAAGCCAGGGAGCUACGAGUGUCUGUGCGCCGAUGGCUUUUCCGGCCUGCACUGCUCGCUGCAUUCGCUGAGCCACUGUUUGAGCGCUUCGGCCGCCGAGUUGUGCGGCCACGGCACUUGCAUCCCCCAAAGGGUGGCUGGCAUGACCUUUUCCUGUCUCUGCGACCAGGGUUGGAGGAAAAACGAGGUGACGGGGGCGUGCACGGAGGACGUGGACGAAUGCGCCGCCCUGACCAGACCUGCCUGCUCAGUCAAUCCGCAUGUGCCGUGCAUCAACACGCCUGGCGCCUUUCUCUGCGGCGCCUGCCCCACAGGCUACACCGGAAACGGCUUUUACUGCAACGACAUCGACGAGUGCCUCAAAAACAACGGAGCUUGCAGCGAAAACCCGAAAGUCGCAUGCUACAAUACAAUGGGUUCUCGUAUGUGCGGCCCGUGUCCUCCCGGCUUCAAGGGUGACGGGGUGACCUGCACUGCCAGCAGACCGUGCGAAAACAACAACGGGGGUUGCCACCCUAUGGCCAGAUGCGUCGACAACCCCAAUUUGGGGGCCGCUUUCGUGCAGUGCGUGUGUCCCCCUGGCUACCAAGGCAUCGGUUUUGGGCUCGAGGGCUGCGUCAGGGCCGCUUCGGUCUUGAAUGCGUGCACCCCCAACCCCUGCGACCACGGAGACUGCGUUUUGUCAAAUUCGAAUCUUUUCCACUGCAACUGUCAUCCUGGCUACGCUGGUCCGAUUUGCGAGAAUCCGAUCAUGGACGUUUGUCUCCCGAAUCCAUGUCAAAACGGUGGAACUUGCGUCCCCCAAAACGGAACAUCGGCUUGCAGGUGCAACCAGAACUUUGCCGGCCCGCAGUGCCAAUUCAGGAGAGCGAGUUGUGGUGGCGAAAUUAAUCAAGACAGCGGGUUGAUCAAGUUUUCAACCAAGGACGAGCACUCUUACGCAGAUUUAAACUGUUUGUGGCACAUCAUUGUGAACGGGAGCAAAAUCAUAAGUGGCUCUUUUUCCACUUUCCAAAUUUCUCGCAGCCCCAUCUGCACCAAGGAAUGGGUUCAAAUCCGAGACGGUCCGAGACCAACCUCACCUUCAAUGGGGACUUUCUGUAAAGAAAACGCACCGCCGGCAAAUUUCAGCAGCACAGGAAACUCGCUUGUUUUGUGGUACAAAUCGCCGCAACACUCGUCCGAAUCGAGUUUCACUUUUCAAUGGUCUUCAAAGAAUCCAUCGUGUGGAGGCAUUUUGGCCGGUAAGGUCCGGGGAAAGAUCAAGUCGCCUGGCUACCCUGAAUCCUACCCUUUGAACAGCGACUGCGUUUGGCGGGUGAGGGUGCGACAGGGCAAGAGAGUGCGUAUGAUCUCUUUCAGCCCUGUUUUGCAGGAAAGUUCAAGCUGCGGCGACUACAUUGAGAUUCGCGACGGAAAUUCAGCAACAAGCAGGUUGUUGAGCAAGAUUUGCAAAGUAUCAUUCGCAACGCCAGUGACCUCUUCCGGCUCUCACAUGUACAUUCACUUCCAUUCAGACAAUACGACAGUUGGAGCCGAUAGUGUAUUUGAAAUCACCUACAUAGAAAUCAACGGUUGUGGUGGGAUUUACACAUCUGAAAAGGGAGAAAUCACUUCGCCCAACUAUCCUGGAUUGUAUUCUGGCUUCUUUCACUGCGAAUAUUUGAUCCAAGUGCCCAUAAACGAGCGUAUCAAAGUUUUUUUCAACGAUUACACAAUUGUACCGGCGGUCGGUUCAACAGAUGGGUGCGAAUAUAAAAGUCUUGAAAUAAGGGAAGGUUCUAACGAGGACAGUCCAUUGGUGAGCGAGUUGUGCGGCGAAUCUAAUCCCGCCCCGUUCAUAUCAAACGGAAAUGAGCUGCUUUUCAUCUUUAAAACAGACACGUUUUUUUCGGUCACUGUUUUUAAAAUCAAAUACGAAUCUGUGUGCGGAGCAGUUUUAACAGAGGCAAGCGGAAUGUUUUCGUCUCCAAACUAUCCAGAUAAUUAUCCCAACUCAAACACGUGCGUUUUCAAGAUCGAGCAACCACUGCAUAAGUCCAUCAUUCUCGAUUUCCUCGACUUUGAGCUUGAACACCAGACCAACUGUGGCCAAGACUACGUAGAGAUCAGAGACGGCGAUGAUGAAAAUUCGCAAUUAAUAGGCAGGUUUUGCGGACUAAUUAGCAGGAAGCCGCCAGUCACCUUUUCCACGCGAAAUCACCUGUGGAUUAAAUUCAAAAGUGACGGGAGCACAACCUUUAAAGGAUUUGUGGCUAAUUACUCUACCGUUGACACAAGCUGCGGAGGCAUUUUGACCAACAACACUGGAGAAAUAACUUCCAGAAAUCAAGGCGUCGUGUGCACCUACGUUAUCCACGUGCAGAGUGGUUUGGUGAUUAACCUGAACUGGAGAAAGGUUUGGAGCAGCAUCUCCAAUCCUGGAUCGCAUUGCAUCUCCAGCACCAGCAACUACAUUCAAGUUUUUGACAAUUCGACAGGCCGAGAAAUCGGAAGAUUUUGUGGCGGCAACCGACUUCCUCAAAGUUUUACUUCUCAAGGAAAUAUGAUCACAAUUGUGAUUAACCAGACAGUUUCAUUGUCGGACGCGGAAUUUGAUCUGUCUUAUAAGACAAUACAGCAGUCAGAACUUUGUGGAGGAAUUUUUUCCACCGCUUCCGGAGCGUUUGAGUCUCCAAACUAUCCAGAUAAUUACGGAAUCAACUUGCGUUGCAUUUACAUAAUCAAAGUUGAAAAUGGCCAGCAAAUAAGUCUCAACUUCACAAUUUUCCACCUCGAAAAUUCAUCAAAAUGUAGUUUUGAUUUUGUGGAAAUUAGAAACGGUCCGAGUGGAACUUCUCCUCUGAUUGGAACGUUUUGCGGCAGAACGAGGCCUCCAGUGAUUUUGUCUCAAACCAAUUCAUUGUGGAUCAGAUUCCACACCGACGACAUGGUCACUCGCAAAGGAUUCAGAGCAAUAUGGGACGCCGCCUCUUCAGGUUGCGGCGGAAUCCUGAGGUCGCCCUCAGGGCAUAUCGAGUCUCCAAACUACCCUCAGCCUUAUGGGGUUAAUUCAGAAUGCAUUUGGAAAAUUUACACCAGCAAGGGCAACAGAAUUAAACUAUCUGUCGAGGACAUUGACGUUGAAAAAGCAGACGAAAAAAAUGCCUGCGACGACUUUGUUGAGUUCAGAGACGGCGACUCCUUAAACGAUCUGCUGCUGGCCAAACUCUGCAAUUCCAAUGUCUCCAGCAGACAAAUAAACUCCACUUCAAAUUCGCUUUGGAUCAUGUUCAGGACUGACGCCUCCGAGGCUGGGCGAGGCUUCAGCUUAAGAUACGACACAGAGUGCAGCAACCACCUGACGGGAUAUAGGGGAGUGAUUGAGAGCCCCAAUUUCCCUGGUGACUACCCGCACAAUUCAAACUGCAUGUGGGUUAUUUCUGCUCCUCUGGGAAACAAAAUCAACGUUUCCUUCUCCCAUUUCGUUCUGGGAAAAAUUGGAGCAAAUUGUUCUGUUAAUUAUAUUCAACUAAGGAACAGAAGACGAGAUUAUAAUGAUAAGCACGAUUUGAUCGGAAAGUAUUGCACAAGUGAGGAUCAGCCAGGAAUAAUAACGUCCAAAGACAACAUCCUAUUUGUGGAUUUCGUCACAGACAUUAGCGUUGCUCUUUCAGGCUUUAGGCUGGAGUGGAUUGUGCAUGGUUGCGGCGGAAGAUUCGAAGCACCCUAUGGAACUCUGCAGUCUCCAAACUAUCCUAAAAACUAUCCCGAAAACACCGAGUGCUUGUGGGAAAUUGCUGUGGAUUGGGGAAAGAGCGUCGAACUUGUCAUUGAAGACAUGCAUUUAGAAUAUUCUUACUACUGCAAUUCUGAUUACGUUAAAGUGUUCGGAGGACCAGAUCGUAAAUCUCCACUUUUGUUGCAAACAUGCUCAAUGCACGAAAGAGUUCAAAGGGUUUUGUCACCGGGAAGAUACAUGACGGUCUACUUCAAGAGUGGUUAUAGCCGCAACAGGAGAGGGUUUUCUGCAUAUUUCAGAGAGCUGCCAACAGGCUGUGGUGGCCAGAUCAACGGAAAGAGAGGUCGUUUCGUCAGCACCAGUUCCACCGAUCAAUAUUUUCCUCAAAAUGCCGUGUGUAAUUGGCUCGUUUCUGUGGAUGCCAAUUUCAGGGUGAGCCUCAAUUUCAUCGAAUUUCACGUGCCAAUGGUGGGAAAUUCGUGUGAAAGACAGUACGUUGCGGUUUGGGAUGGUAGCAACGACAAAGGGGCUCCAUUGGCAAAGCUCUGCGGGGGAAUGAACACUUCACCCAUCAUUUCAAAUUCCAGCUCUCUCUUGGUCAGAAUGGUCACUUCCAACGAAACAAAAGUGAGAGGAUUCGAAGCCAAUUAUCAAAUGACUUGUGGAGCAACCAUUGAAACCUCAGGAAGCGGCUUUUUGAAUAGCAUAGAGACGCAGGAGAAACCUUCCAACCCAUGGGCUCUUACCAAUUGCACAUGGAUAAUUAUUUCAAAGAAUCCAACAUCGAGAGUAACGUUAUCUAUGACGCACUUAAAUGUGGAUGAAUUAUAUUCGAUCAACAAGUCCAAUUCAUGUUUAACGCAGUUUGUGGAGGUCCACGACGGAAUCGGUUUAUCGGCUCCAUUGAUUGGAAAAUACUGCGACAGCAAAAUCCCGCCACACAUAGUCAGCAAUGGCCAGGCAUUGACAAUCAAUUUUGUCACUUACGGCUAUAAUUUUAAGCGAAAUCAUUUGAUUGCUUCUUAUUCGGUCGAAGACAUAGCGUGCGGAGGAACGUUGACUUCCGAGGAAGGAUCGUUUGCUGCUGCCGGCUACCCAGGAAGCUACAAACUUAACUCGGAGUGCAUUUGGAUACUUGGAGCGUCCCCAGGAAAUUUUAUGAAAAUGACCUUUUCAAUGUUUGACUUGGAAUCGAGUGAAGGCUGUAGCAAUGAUUAUCUGGAGAUAAGAAAAGGAACCACGGCAGAAGAUCCUUUAAUUGGCGUAUACUGUGGCAGUAACAUUCCAAAUAACAUCUCGAUCAGCAGCAAACUGUGGAUAAAAUUUAAAAGUGACGACCAGACCGUCGGCGCUGGCUUCUUAGCACACUAUUCUCUAGUGCACGGAGGUGAAUUUACGGGAGAUAAGGGCACAAUUACGAGUCCAAUGUAUCCUAGGCUAUACCAUAACUCGGGCAUAUUUUGGUGGCGCAUCAUCGUCAGCACAAAAAAGGUCAUUCGGUUGGUGGUUAAGGAAUUUGUUGUUCGCUCGUUUUACUGCAAUUUUGAGAUAUACGAUGGCAGGGAUCAGAAUGCACCACGAUUGGCUAAAAUUUGCAAACAACCCGAUACAAGCCCGAUCUUCGUGUCCACAGGAAAUGUCAUUUUCAUAAGUUUCAGAUCCUACUUUGCAGGAUAUAGCUCUUUGUUUAUGAUAGAAUGGACGGCUGAGCCUAAAAUACCCGAGAUCAAUGCCUCAACCGUCCCCCUUGGUUGCGGCGGUGCCAACGGAUUAACGAACGGGAGCUUUGAAUUCACCAGUCCUGGCUAUCCAGGUGGCUACGCAAAUAAUCUGAGAUGCGAGUGGCUAUUCGAGGCUGCACCUGGUUAUCACGUAGCCCUCUAUUUCAACGCUCUCAACGUUGAGCAGUCGAGAGAAUGUACCUUCGACGCCGUUGAAAUUUACUCAGGGUCAAAACUUUCAAAUGAGUGGACACUUCUUGAAAAAUACUGCCACCCCAAUGCGACCCAAGUAAAUGGCGUGCACUCCGCUGACAGGAUCAUGAAGGUUGUCUUCAGGUCAGACGCGAUGAGAAACAAAACAGGAUUUUCUGCCACCGCAGUUUCGGUUUGCGGAGAUUAUUUAGAUGGGCCGAGUGGUGCCCUCAAAAUUUACAAUUUGACCCAGCCUAUGCUGAGAUUAGCUACAACUUGCGAAUGGAAUGUAACUGUCCGGGAAGGGAGGACGAUUAAGGUUGAAAUAAGUCAAAUCAACAUAAGUAAUGAUAGGCCAGGAUGUCCUGAGGAAUUCUUAAUGCUUCGAGGUUUGGUGAAAAACAACUCUGACUCGAGUACUCGAAAAUAUUUUUGCGGAAAUCUGCCUCCAACCGGCAUAUUUGAGACAAUAGGAAACGUACUUUUCGCAGAGUUCAAAGUCAGAAAAAACAACGUGAAGAAUGGUUUCACUCUGACGUGGCAAGAAACUUCCUCCAACUGCGGUGGUCGUUACACACUUACGGAGGAAAGUACAAUCAAUUCCAUGACAAUUGCAUCGCCCAACCAUCCAAAUCCGCCGCCCACAAACACCGAGUGCGAAUGGAUUUUCUUGGCUCCCGCAGGGAAAAGGCUGAGGAUUGACUUCAACGAACCCAUUCAAAUGAUUUACUCGCGAUUGUGUGCAGAUUCUUACGUUCAGUUUUUCGAUGGAGGGACUGCAAUCGCGGCGAGUUUGGGCAAAUUUUGCUACAACAACCCAAAUUCAAUUUUGACUUCCGACAACGCACUUUUUGUGCGCUUUGUCACCACGGCCGCCGAACCGGGGAAAGGAUUUAAAGCGGACAUCAGAAUCGAUGAGUGUGGUGGGACUUUCACAACCGACUACAACGCAACGAUCGAAGUGCCUGAGAAAAACGACAACUUGGCAAAAGUAUGCGUUUGGAGAAUCUUUGCUUCGGAGGGAAGUUUGAUUAGCUACACUUUUGACUCGCUCAAAAUUGAAUCGACUGGAGAAAAUUGUUCAUCUGAUUAUGUAGAGGUCAGAGAGACACUGAGAACGGGCACCAACAACAACUCCUUAGUGGCGCAGUCGCUCACUCAUCCGAGAUAUUGCGGAUCGGCAGAGAACAAAACCUGGGUCAGCACUCGAACAGACGAGUUAAUACUAAAAUUGAACUCGACCAGGGGCAUUGGCAAGGCGGCGAAAAGAUACUUCAAAUUAACAUUUAAAGUCACGCAACAAGAUUGCGGGGGCGACAUCAUUGCACCUGAGGGCGAGAUUACCAGUCCAGGUUACCCAGGGAAGCAAUUCAGACUUCAUGCUUGCCAAUGGGUCGUCACGGUGCCCAUGGGGCGGAGGGUUAAAAUUGAAUUCAUCGAUUUGGACCUCGGAGAAUCAAAAAGCGGUUGCAUGCAAUGGCUUUCGAUUUCUAAUGACCGCUUGGGCGUUUUUCCGAUCGUAUUUUACUGCGGCGGGAGCAAUCCAACGGAAGUUUCGUCAUCGAGCAACACAGUGAUGAUCGAGUCGCUGACCGAUGUCAAGCACAGAGGAUUCAAACUAAAAUUUUCCUCAGAUCUCCCGACAGUUUGCGAAGGCAGCAUUAAGCAAAACACUGGAUCACUGAGUUUUCCUAAAGUCAACAUGUCAUCGAUUUUUUGCGAAUGGAAUCGGAUAAGGGGUCUUUCUUCGCCAGAAGGCACAUUUGCCAUCACCGUGCAUAACAUCACCAAGAAUGACCAGCAGGAAUAUCCAUGCGCUUUGUCAAUUGAAACGGAAGAUUUGCUUAUUGCCCAAAUUUGCAAGGCGAUCAGCGCCCCCCAAAUCGUGACCAGCCCUUUCCGGUCCACGAAGAUAACGGCGAGGCAAGGCAACGCCAACAACCGUGUAGACUUCAACAUCUGGUACCAAUUUUACGAGUGCGGUGGUUUGCUGUGGGGUCCAAUGGAAAACAUUUCCUCGCCCGCCAACAUGGGAAUGGAGUGCGCGUGGAGCCUCCUUUAUGAUACAAGCGGACAGAUCAAUCUGACGUUCGUCGUGUUCAAUUUCACGUCAGACUGCUCCGAGCAGUACCUCAACAUUUACAACGGACCUUCGUCGAGCCAACCGCUCAUUGGCCGUUACUGUAAAGAAAAUCUUCCACCUGCCAGCAUUUUGGGGCAAUUUAGCGGGCUUUACGUUGAGUACCACGGCUCAAAAAACGUCAACAACGCAAGCCAAUUCCUUCUGAGCACAAUGCUGGUCCCAACAGGCUGCGGAGGGAUUUUCCAUGAUCACACAGGCCUAAUCGAGUCUCCCAGGUACCCGAGUUUGUACCCCAGCAACUCUGAAUGCAACUGGGAGUUUGUUGUAGAAGAAAAUUAUAAAGUGGGCUUGAAGUUCAUCAAAAGGUUUUACAUCGAGGCCAGUCCAGGAUGCACCAAGGACUAUUUGGAGGUGUUUGAUUUUGUCGAUGGUGUUUGGAAGUCUAUGGGCAGACUAUGCGGGCGGGAAUUUCCCACACCAUUUAACUCGUCCUCAAACCGGAUGAAAGUUUUGUUCCGCAGUGAUAACUCAACUACCGGCGAUGGCUUUGUGGCGAUUUGGAGUGCGAACUGUGGCGGAGUAAUUACGGCCAGCGAGGGGUACAUCACGUCUCCAGAGUACCCCAACAAUUAUGGAAAAUUCCUUAGCUGCGAAUACAAAAUUUCCGCGCCCAAAAAGGCCAUCAUGUUCACCUUCCUUGACUUCAGCCUUGAACGGGGAUACCAAGCAGGCUGCCUUUACGACAAUGUGACCGUUGAGAAAUUUUCGCCCGACACUGUCCCCAUCCAUUCCACGCAAGUCUACUGCGGACAAGACGCCCCUCCGGAUGGCGUGUCCAUGAACAGCCUGACCAUCAAGUUGCAGACCGACAAGUGGACAGGAGACAGAGGCUUCCGCAUGCACUACUUCAUAGGCGAUUGUGGAGGCGACAUAAAUAAAACGAGGGUUUUGCAACCGAGCCUCUUUGUGGCUGAAAACAUCAGCGAAAUAGUCUGCGAUUGGCGAAUUUUCGCCCCAGAAAAACAAAACAUACUAUUGAGGUUCGAGGAAAUCAACCUCAAAAGAACUACUAGAUGUCUUUUAAGUUCGAUCCAGCUUUUCAACAGCACGUGGGCCGACCCAAAAGCGAAGACGGCGGAAUUUUGCGGAAACGUGACCGAAGAUCAGAGGGUUUUCGUUUCCCAAGGCAGCGUCUUGACUCUGAGAUGCUUCAUGAAGCACACUUACAUGAUGCAAAAUCCGUUUUCGGUCGGGAUUUCAUUCACUUACGGAGAGAGUGUUGGUUGUGGUGGUCAAAUCACAUUAAGUUCGCAAAGGACGAUCGGUUCGUACUCAAGUCGAGGAGUCGGAGGCGCGUACGAAAACAUGCUGGACUGCCGGUGGAUCGUCAAAACCGACUCAGGUCAGGCGAUCAAAAUUUCCUUCAACAGCUUUGCCGUCAAGGACUGCGACCAAAGCCUGACCAACGCGAGCUGCGAUUGCGACUUCCUUGAGGUACGAGACGGCCUGAGCCAAUUUUCCUCGUUGCUCGGCCGCUUCUGCGGAAACAAACUUCCCAGUCCGAUCACUUCCUCUGGAAAUUGGUUGUACGUUCGGUUCGUGAGCGACGACUAUGAGAGUGACGUGGGUUUCCAGGCCGUUGUCAAAAAACAGACAACGGUUUGCGGGCCGCAAAUCCUCACGGUGGACGACACGUUGCGCGAACUGACGUCGCCAGGGUACAACUCGAGCCUCACCUACCCUGCCAAUGUGAGGUGCAGGUGGAAAAUGCGCGGCAACGAAAACAGGCGAAUCGACAUUCACCUGACGCAACUCGACUUGGAAACUUCCACCGGCUGCCAAAAUGACAGUCUCGUCAUCACAGAAAACGCCGAACCGAGUGAAUUUGACCAAGUGGUUCACACAGGACUCCACGUGCCUCGUCCAAUUUAUAAUUUUAUGCCGCAAGCAAGCGCCAACCACGAGUCUAUUUACUGCGGGAAGGGUAACUUCUUGGACUGGUACUCACGGACCAAUGCGGUGGACGUGAUUUUUUCUACGAACAACGCAGUGAGUGGCAAAGGUUUUAAACUGCAAUACCAAUUCGCACACUGCAGUCGAAAUUUCACAAAGGAGUUUGGCAGAAUCCACUACCAAGGCAGGAUCAAUGACAAUUUCAAAGGCGACUGUUCCAUUUUGAUCACCACGGAACCCAACAGGACCAUCGCCUUGUACUUUUCCGGACUCUACUCUAACAAGAAAAGCCCUUUGUUGAACGAAACUUCGUGCAGCAAUUUCUCAACAUUGAGGGUUUACGACGGCGAUUCCAAAUCGGGCAACAUUUUAGCCGAAUAUUGCGGAGUAUUCACUCCGAAUCCUGUAUUCUCCACAGGGCCUACUUUGCUGAUUUCCGUGAAUCAAAAGUCGAACUGGUACCAGGAGAUUUUCGACGCCACCUACACAACUUCGGAUAAAGGUCGUGGUUGCGGAGGAAUUGCGCGAAACGUGGUCGGAAGCGUGACCAGUCCGCUCUACCCUGGCAAAAUCGCGACCUACGAUGAGUGCGUUUGGGAAAUCACGGUCCCUGAGGGUUCUUAUGUCGGAAUCAUUUUCACAGCUUUUAAUCUCGGCCCGAAAGAAACCUGCAACACGGAUCAUUUGAGGAUUUACGAGAUGAGCAGCUCAGACGGACGAGAGGUUUUUCGAACUCAGUUGUGCGGAGAUGACAUGCCGGCGCAAUUCACGGCCAACUCCAACUCCAUUCGCCUCAAGUACACGUCCAGCAUCCACAACGCAGGCACUGGCUGGAAUCUCCAUUUUGCUGCGAAAAAAAUUAGCAACUGAAUAUUAACAUAUUGUAUAAUAAAGCAUUAUAUCAAUAUCUUAAGCUGCAUGGAAAUGUGUAGGAAAAACAAGUUAUAAUAAUUAUUAAA